CGGCGGGGCGUCGCGACGCAUCGGGCCGACGGCGGACGGAGCGAGGCGAGGACGACGACUACAGAAUAAAGCCCUUCCCCGCCGCCACCGGUGCAAUGGACGUUGACGCAGUCGGCAGAGGGUUGGCGCCAUGAGCCAUGCGUUGGGGCAGCUGGGGGGCCGCUCUGGGGCUCGCCGGACUGCUCGCGGUCGCUGUCGCGCUGCCCCCUGUCGUUAAAAUAGGGGCGAUAUUUACCGAGGACCAGAGAGACAGCGCUACAGAAUUAGCUUUCAAAUAUGCCGUCUACAAAAUCAACAAGGAUAAAACCCUGCUGCCGUACACAUCCCUCGUGUAUGAUAUCCAAUACGUGCCACGUGAUGACAGCUUCCAUGCCAGCAAGAAGGCGUGUAACCAGGUCCAGUUCGGGGUCCAUGCCGUUUUCGGGCCGUCGGAUCCCCUGCUGGGGGCGCACAUACACUCUAUUUGCGACGCCCUGGAUAUUCCGCACCUGGAGGCGAGGUUGGACCUCGACACGGAUGUGCGGGAGUUCUCCAUUAACUUACAUCCGGCGCAACAUCUGCUCAACACGGCCUUCCAGGAUGUUAUGGCGUUUCUGAAUUGGACGAAAGUGGCCAUCAUCUACGAGGAGGACUAUGGGCUCAUAAAGCUGCGGGAACUCGUCCGGUCUCCGCACAACCACGACCUGGAAAUCCACCUGCGUCAGGCGGAUCCGGAGUCCUAUCGAGCGGUCCUCAAGGAGAUCAAGAGCAAGGAGAUCCACAACAUCGUCAUCGACACGAAGCCCUCGAACAUGCAGCACUUCCUCAAAGGGAUCCUGCAGCUGCAGAUGAACGACUACAAGUACCACUAUCUUUUCACCACGUUCGACAUGGAGACGUUCGACCUGGAGGACUUCAAGUACAACUUCGUCAACAUGACGGCGUUCCGGGUGGUGGACGUGGCGGACUUGGCGGUCCAGGAGGUGCUGAGGGACAUGGCGAGGUUCCAGGCCAGCUUGGGUUCGGGGGUGCAGGCCAACGCGAGCUACAUCCAGGCGGAAGCCGCCCUGAUAUACGACUCUGUUUUCGUCUUCGCCAUCGGCCUGCAGACCCUGGAGCAAUCGCACACCCUGAGGCUGUCGAACGUCUCCUGUGACAAGGAGCAGCCCUGGGAUGGGGGACUGAGCCUCAUCAACUACAUUAAUUCGGUGGAAUUCAAAGGUCUCAGCGGUCCUAUAGAAUUCAAGGAAGGCCGUCGCAUUCAGUUCAAGCUCGACUUACUCAAACUGAAACAGCACGCACUGGUCAAGGUCGGGGAAUGGCGCCCUGGGGCAGGGGUCAACAUCACCGACCGGGCAGCGUUCUUUGAUCCCGGAACUAUGAACGUAACGCUAGUCGUCACAACCAUACUGGACGACCCCUUCGUCAUGCUGCGCCGCUCCAAGAACCUCACCGGCAACCGCCGCUUCCACGGCUUCUGUGUCGACGUCCUGGAGCGCAUCUCCAGCGAGGUGGGCUUCGACUACCUCCUGGACCUCGUCCCCGACCGGAAGUACGGCGCACGCGAUCCCGUCACGGGCCAGUGGAACGGGAUGGUCCGGGAGCUGAUGCAGCACGAGCAGCCGUACGUUAUGCUAAAGACGCAGGACCACCUGGUGGGCAACGAGCGCUACGAGGGCUUCUGCAUCGACCUGCUGCGGGAGAUCGCGUCGAUGGUAGGCUUUGAAUAUAGGAUCGAGCUUGUGCCGGACAGCAAAUACGGAGUAAUAGAUUUGGAAACGGGCGAGUGGAAUGGCAUUGUCAGGCAGUUGAUGGAUAAGAAAGCGGAUUUGGCCGUGGGAUCGAUGACCAUAAACUACGCCAGGGAGAGCGUCAUCGACUUCACGAAGCCCUUCAUGAACCUGGGGAUCAGCAUUCUGUUUAAGGUGCCCACCAGCCAGCAAACGCGGCUGUUUUCGUUCAUGAACCCCCUGGCGAUGGACAUCUGGCUGUACGUGCUGUCGGCGUACGUGCUGGUCUCCAUCACCAUGUUCGUGGUGGCGCGGUUCUCGCCCUACGAGUGGCACAACCCCCAUCCCUGCGACAUGGAGAACGAGCUCGUCGAGAACCAGUUCUCGCUGGCCAACUCGUUCUGGUUCACGAUCGGGACGCUGAUGCAGCAAGGCUCCGACCUCAACCCGAAGGCCACAUCCACCCGAAUUGUCGGGGGCAUCUGGUGGUUCUUCACCCUCAUAAUAAUCUCGUCGUACACCGCCAACCUGGCGGCCUUCCUCACCGUCGAGCGCAUGAUAACCCCCAUCGAGAACGCCGAGGAUCUGGCAGGCCAGACCGAAAUCCCUUACGGAACGCUCGAAAGCGGCUCAACAAUGACAUUUUUCAGGGACUCCAUGAUCGAAACGUACAAGAAGAUGUGGCGCUUCAUGGAGAACCGCAAGCCGUCGGUGUUCGUGCCCACGUACGAAGAGGGCAUCCAGAAGGUCCUCGAGGGCAAUUACGCGUUCCUGAUGGAGUCCACCAUGCUGGACUACAUCGUGCAACGUGACUGCAAUUUGACCCAGAUCGGCGGCCUGCUGGAUUCGAAGGGUUACGGAAUUGCCACCCCGAUGGGGAGUCCCUGGAGAGAUAAGAUAUCGCUGGCUAUACUCGAGUUACAGGAAAAGGGAGAGAUUCAGAUGUUGUACGACAAAUGGUGGAAGAAUACGGGGGAAACGUGCAGCAGGAACGACAAGGGAAAAGAGUCGAAGGCGAAUUCGCUGGGGGUUGAUAACAUCGGGGGCGUUUUCGUCGUGCUGCUGUGCGGGCUGGCGUUCGCCGUGAUCAUCGCGAUCUGCGAGUUCUGCUACAACUCGAAGAAGAACGCCAUCACCGAGAAGCGCUCCGCCAGCGCCCCCCACCAGUCCCUCUGCUCGGAAAUGGGUGGUGAGCUCUGCUUCGCCCUGCGAUGUCGCGGCUCUCGACAAAGACCAGCCCUUCGCCGACAAUGCUCGAAAUGUUUGCCAGGAGCAACAUACGUUCCGGCCAUGCUGGAUAUACCACCCCAUCCGCCGCAGCCCCCGACCCGGGCGCCGCCCACCAACGGUCUCUCGGCACAUGUUUGCCCAGAAGACACGGCCCUGAACGCUGAAUUCUUCCAGCGCGACCGUCUCAUGAUCCCCCUGGAGCUCCAGCACCACAUCCCGCACCCCCUGCGCCAAGAAAUGGACAACUAAUUGCAUGAAGCCAGAGUAGAGUUACGUUAGAUGGACCUAGUUUGAUUAAUCCUAAUCUUGUGCAGUUUCGGACUUCAGCCUCCUAGACGCUAAGUUGUUCUCGUAGGCACUUUAGAGGACGUUUGACGUUUCGUGCAUGAAGUCGUCGAUCCUCCGUCCUUUCCACGACUCCUUGCGCCAAACCUCGGGACUCAAAUCCCGCUCUUCAAAUAUGUAAAUAAGCACGUAUUUUCAUGUGAUGAGUGUUUCAGA